AUGUUGCUUCGUGCGGUCGUGCUCGUUUCUCUCUAUGCCUGGGCGUUUUCUAUGUACAUUUCGGAUCCGGCCAAGUGGAAUCGUCAUCCGUACUUGGUUAAGGUAAAAUCAAACAGUUUCUGCUUAUCCUAUCAUUGUUUUUCAGGUGCUCACCAAAGAUGUGAAGUCGGGAGUAAUCUCGACCUGCUCUGGAACUCUCCUUUCUCGGUCCAUCGUCCUGACCAGCGCCAACUGUUUCCCCGCGGAUAGAAAGUGAAAAAAAUAUCUACCACUCUAAGGAGUUGAUGAUUUUUUUUACAGGAACCUAGUUGCGCAGGCCAUUAUUAUCCAAAAAAGCUCAAAGGACAUUAUGAACAAGGCCAUGCUCGCUGUGAACGUCGAAAAAGACUUGGCCAUCAUGCAGAUUGAUCCAGUCACCGACGAGCAUGUAAAUAUUCCAGAUUUUACGACUAACAAGCGUUUUCCUUCUUCCAGUUCUGCGACAAAGACCCAUAUCCGUCUCGUGUCUCUCGUCUCAACUUCAAGCCAAGUCUCACCGAAGCCACCUACCAAUCAGUGACGCCGAAGGAGAUUCAGGACCUGAGAUGCCGAGUUGUCGGAUUUACCACCACCGACGAUGGUAUUCCUGAGUACCGUCUCAAAAACAGAUAGAAUUUGUUAUUUUUCAGCUGACGAUUUCGCGUCCUCGCAUGAUUUGCAGAUUCUCGAGUUGGAAAUGCGUGCCGAUGAGGACAAUCUCAUGUUCUCGGAAGUGAACAGCAACUCUACCGGACGUGUCUGCUGGGUAUGAAGUGUCCUGAUGAAGAAAUGCGGAGAAAUAUUGUUCAGGAUGAUAUGGGAGCACCGUUGGAGUGCACUGUGAACGAGGAGAACAAGUGGGUCCAGGUCGGAGUUGUUCGUGCUCUUUACGGACGUGGAGUGAGUGCAAAUACUCAUCAAAUGACACAAUAUUUCAAAUUUAGGAGGACAAGGAUUCCAACUCGACCAUGGAAGUUACUUGCGCCGACGUUCAGGUAGGUUACAGCACAGAUAAGAAGAAAAUUGGCGAGGAGCGUAUUUUGUAGUAGCGGGUCACUUAUCACAGAAAAAUACGGCCAGUCCACAUGCCGAACCUAUGAUUUAUCAUCUUUUGGACUUGAGAAUGGGAAAAUAUAUAUGAGAUUAAAGGGGACGGGUGAGACGGUGAGCCGGCAGAGAAAUAAUAACGUUUCUCACAAGUGGAUUUUCAUUUCAGACUAUGCAAUUCGCCGUCUUUGGCGACGAUACCUUUGCCCACACAAUCGAGGUCGUUGAUAAGGCCAGUGUCUUCGAAGCGCAGGACAAGUGCUUCUGA